AUGAUGGGUCCAGGCGUGACGCCUACCCCAAACGGUGCGGUUACCGUGAACCAGUCAGGGGUUCCCAAAGCGUGUGCAGGCUGUGGUGGCAGGAUACAGGACAGGUUCCUCUUGUUGGCAAUGGACAGGUACUGGCACACGGGCUGUUUGAAGUGCUCGUGUUGCCAGGCACAGCUCGGAGAGAUUGGCACCUCAUGUUUCACAAAAGCCGGAAUGAUCUUGUGUCGGAACGAUUAUAUCAG